AUGCCAGCAGCCCUUUUCACCUUUAUAUUUCUACCGUUGAGCGUAACGGCCUACCGUCGAUCCGCGAGGCCAAGAUAUUCCGCGUGGCAGCCGUACAUUCCGCCGCGGAAGGGCCAGUCCAACAACAAGAGGGUGCCCGGAAUGGCGGCAUUGAGCUCAUUGCGUUCUCCACUCUGUUCUUCGCUGCGGCAGCCUAGGGUUAGGGUGGGGCGCGGGCGCCGGGUGCGCUGCUCGAGCCGGAGCAGCAUGGCGGAGGAUUGCUUGCACGCGCUGCGAUUGUCGGAGGAGCGCCCGGGCACGGAAUCUUAUUCUUCCCAGAAAUCUGGCUCGGAUGGGGAGGACAGGGGCGUAACGACGAAGAACAAGAAGAAGAAUACGCUGGAGGAGCUGCGGUGGGAUCACUCGUUUGUGCGGGAGCUUCCGUCCGAUGGCACUUCUCCCAAUUUUGUUCGCCAGGUGAUGAAAGCGUGCUACUCGAGAGUAUCUCCGUCGGCCAAAGUGAAAGAUCCGAAGCUAGUUGCAUGGUCCGACUCGGUUGCGGAGCUUCUCGAGCUAGAUCCAGCAGAAUUCAAGCGAGAGGAUUUCCCAUUGAUCUUCUCGGGUGGCAAGGAGCUGCAAGGCAGUGAAUGCUAUGCUCAGUGUUACGGUGGUCACCAGUUUGGAGUUUGGGCGGGGCAACUAGGAGACGGUCGAGCAAUCACGCUUGGCGAAGCUUUGAAUAGCAAGAAUGAGCGCUGGGAACUCCAGCUCAAAGGGGCUGGCAAAACUCCUUACAGCCGGAUGGCCGAUGGACUGGCGGUGCUACGGAGCAGUGUCAGGGAGUUUCUUUGCAGCGAAGCUAUGCACCACUUGGGGAUCCCCACGACUAGAGCAUUGUGUCUCGUUACCACCGGCGACGAUGUUUUAAGGGACAUGUUUUACGAUGGAAAUGCUAAGAUGGAGCCUGGAGCUGUUGUUUGCCGAGUUGCUCCUUCGUUUCUUAGAUUUGGAUCUUACCAAAUCCAUGCUGCUAGGGAGGACAGUAAACUAGUACGAUUGCUCGCCGACUACACACUCAAGUAUCAUUUUCCGGACUUGCCAGACGAGGAAGAGCUGGAAAUUAAAAUCAACGAACAGGACGGGCAGAUAUCCAAGAACAAAUACGCAGCUUGGUUUGUCAAGGUGGCAGAAUCCACUUCCUGCCUCGUUGCAAUGUGGCAAGCCGUGGGCUUCACACAUGGUGUUUUGAACACGGAUAACAUGAGUGUCCUGGGUUUGACGAUCGACUACGGUCCUUUCGGCUUUUUGGAUGCGUUUGAUCCCAAGUACACUCCAAACACGACGGACUUACCGGGGCGGAGAUACUGCUUCGCGAAUCAACCAGAUAUCGGACUCUGGAACAUCUUGCAGUUUGGGAAUACGCUCAUGGCUGCUGGCCUUUUGACGCAAGAAGAGCUUCAAUAUGGUCUCAACAGAUACGCGGACACUUUCAUGGUGCAUUAUCAGCAAAACAUGACCAAGAAGCUGGGCCUGAAGGAGUACAACAAGGAUCUGACCAGCAAGCUACUGAGCAACUUGGCUUUUGACAAAGUCGACUACACAAACUUUUUCCGAGCUCUGGCUAGCGUCAACCUGACGGAGCCUAUAACCGAGGACACUCUGGUGCCGCUCAAAUCGGUGCUGCCAGAUAUCAGCAAGGAGCGCAAGAAGACGUGGAUGGACUGGCUAUCUCUCUACAGAGAAAAGGCCGAAGGCAUCUCCGACGAAUCUCGAAAGGCUGCCAUGAACAAAGUGAAUCCAAAGUACGUACUGCGGAACUAUCUGUGCCAGAGCGCGAUCGAUGCGGCGGAAGCUGGAGAUUUCAGCGAGGUGAGGCAGCUGCUCGAGGUGAUGAAGCGGCCAUUCGAUGAGCAGCCGGAAGUGGAGAAGAAGUAUGCGAGGCUCCCCCCGACAUGGGCGUAUCGGCCAGGCGUGUGUAUGCUCUCGUGUUCGUCAUAGAGGCGAGUUUGAUUGUAAAUAUCGCGCGCUCUUUUCUUCC